CACACCCCAGACCAUCCACUCCAUCCACUCCUCCUGAUGGCCCAAUCCACUAUCCCAGCUACUCUGUACCACCCGCUCCAGCUUAUCGUUGGCUUCCCGGGCCCCGCCGAUACCGCUGCUUUCUUCGAAUCUCCAAGUCUGUACAUGGAGUGCAUUCCCCAGACGCCAACCCCGGAUGAUGCAAUGUUAGCAGCCGAGUUUCGCUUGAUUACCACCUUGUUUCCCUACACGACACCUACAGCACAUAGUAUCAUGCCGUCUCAGUUCCACCUCGGAAAUUGGUCCAUAAUCCUUCGGUCUGCAGCUCGGCAGCAUAGGCGCUGGCCGAAUGACCGAUUUGGACUCGUCCGCGUCCCGGUCUGGGGUCGGGUUCCCACCCAUUUUCUCCAGACUUUCUCGUGCGGGUCCUGUAUUCCAAUGGCGUCCUUACUUUGGAGUGGAACCGAGUGUCUGAUGGCUGCUUGAUGCCCUCCCACCCGGAAUGUAACCAUAUUCGACUCAUCGGGCUGGCACCGGUCCUGUGCCGUGGGAUUACUCCUCAAAAUGGAUGAUCUUCAGGUGCAAAUGGCACCACCGAGCUUAUAGUCCUUUCUAUUUAAUCGUCGCAUCGCCCCGCUGUCUCUGUAACCCUGCUUCAUAGUUCCACGUCUAUCUGUACUGGAGGUGGCUUAUCUCUCCCCAAAGUCACGCGGUCUCCGUGCCUGAAGUCACCCAAGUGAAAAGAAAAAGGUAUUUUCCGGUCUACACCCAAACAGUCACUACAACCGCGGAUUCUAGAGUAGUCACCAUGAGUGACCUAAUACCAUCAUGGAAUAUUGUCCACAAAUUGGAGAAGCGUAAUCUUC